AUGCCUUCAUGGUUUGACAUUCACGAGAUUCCUGUGACAGCUGAUUCUCCAACGGACGAGACUGGUUUACUUAAAGCUGUUCAAAAAGUUCAUGCUACAAUUGACAAGGAAAUAGCUGCCGGCACAAACCCUAACAAUGUAUUUAUCUGUGGAUUCAGUCAAGGAGGUACAUUGACGUUGGCCAGUGUUCUGCUAUACCCUAAAACUUUAGGUGGAGGUGCUGUCUUUAGUGGUUGGGUUCCAUUUAAUUCGUCUAUUACUGAAAAAAUUACCCCCGAGGCUAAGCAGACACCCAUACUGUGGUCCUAUGGGCUGGUUGACAAAACAGUACUGUUCGAGGCAAGACAAGCUGGUCCUCCGUUCCUUGAAAAACUUAGCGUCAGCUGUGAGUUUAAGGCUUAUCCUGGUCUUGCCCACUCCAUAAACAACGAGGAGCUGCAGGAUCUCGAAUCUUGGAUCAAGGCACGCCUACAAAGUUCUUCUUAA